AUGAUAUCUAAACUCGCUUUUCUUACUACGAUUUUCUACAUAGUAUUAAUUCAAUUGGAUUUAAGUGCAGGCAAGAUUUGUUAUCAAUGUGACGAUUUACAUCCAUCUAGCAGAUUCAAAUUCUGGGGUGACAAAAUAACAAAAUGUACUGGUGUUCCGUUUGACAAAUAUAUUACGAGAACUUCAAGAGCAUUUGGUGCUGCUGUUUUAACAUGCUAUACGAAAUUCGAUGAAUCAGGUGCCGUCAUUAAACGAGAUGCAUAUGGACUUGGUGAAACAUUUGACAAAAACGUUAAAUGUCGUGAUCGAUUUCAUACAUGCUGCAGUAAACCACUUUGCAACAAACACACGAAAGCACCUUGUCCACCACCAGAACGAAUCACAGAAAAGAAAGAAGUAAAAGCUUGUUAUCAAUGUAAAGGUGCAGAAAAUUGCAGACCAGAAAAUCUUGAAGGAUCCGAAAUUCGUACUUCUGCUGCUUUUGGUAGCACGAAUUUAUAUUGUUAUACGAGAUUCGAUCCAAAGACAGGUGUUGCUGUUCGCCGUGGUGGUUUCGGAUUUGGUGAAAUCUUUGACAAACGUCUCAAAUGCGAUGCAAAAUUUUAUCUUUGCUGCUAUGAAAACUUGUGUAAUAAACACACAGCUGGCUUCUGUGCUAAACCAAACCCCCAAGUUAAAAAUAUGGAUCCUUUAAAUAAUAUGUGUGCUGCACUUGUUUCUGUUAAUAAUAUUCUACAAAAACGAAAACAAACCAUGAAAGAUACUUGUAUUGAGUCUAAUAUGAUUGAAAAAGUAAAUAACAAAAAACAAUUAUCUACAGAUGCAUCACUCUCUUCGAAUAUUACCAAUACUAAAUAUCAAACAUCAACCAUAUCACAGUUCAAAUUAAUUACUAAUAAGAAUCAAAAUAAAAGUCAUCAUUUACAUUUUGAAUCAUUGACAGAAGAUAAUUUUCAUUAUGCUCAUUUAUGCAAUCGAAGUAUUGAUGAAUUACCAAAUGUACAUCUUCAUGAUAUCAAACAAUUAAAAUUGAUUAAUAUUCAUACCAUGCAAGAUUUACUUGGCCGUUUUCUUAUUCAUGAUACUCCUGAAGAAUUUUACACUUUUCUCAUGAAUACUUUUCAACUAAGUGAAAAAACAGCAUCAAUCAUUACUAAUCUACUUCAUCGAUGGACAAAACAUAAUAUAGAUACUAUCAUAGAUAAUAAAAACAUUGAUCCUAUGAAAAUAGUUCAUUAA